GGGAAGAGGCGGAUUGAGCAGGCUCCGGGACACGUGACGGGAUUGGGCGGGGCAUCAAAGUUCAUAUCCCAGAGUCCUUUGCACUGACUCCUUUUCCGACUCCUUGUUGAGCAAAGAUGUCGAAGCGAGGACGUGGUGGGUCCUCCGGUGCGAAAUUCCGGAUUUCCCUGGGUCUUCCGGUCGGAGCCGUGAUCAACUGUGCUGACAACACGGGAGCCAAAAAUCUGUAUAUCAUCUCUGUGAAGGGGAUCAAAGGAAGAUUGAAUAGACUUCCUGCUGCUGGCGUGGGUGACAUGGUGAUGGCCACAGUGAAGAAAGGCAAACCAGAGCUCAGAAAGAAGGUACAUCCAGCAGUGGUAAUUCGACAACGAAAGUCAUACCGGAGAAAAGAUGGAGUGUUCCUCUAUUUUGAAGAUAAUGCGGGGGUCAUAGUAAAUAAUAAAGGUGAAAUGAAAGGUUCUGCUAUCACUGGACCUGUUGCAAAGGAGUGUGCAGACUUGUGGCCCAGGAUUGCAUCCAAUGCUGGCAGCAUCGCAUGAUUAUUUGCUUUAUCUGUUUUAAAAAAGAAGUAAAAGUUAAUGUGCUCCCAGUGUUUGCCUUCUUGUUCUCUUGUACCACGUUACUCUUCUUGACACCACCUAGCCCUUGCCUCCUUUUGUAAAAUGAAAUUACUUAGUGCAAACUUUCUGGGGAUGUGUGUGAAACAAAGAUAAACAGUGCUUGCACUUUUCAACUCUAUAGACACUUACGGACUUUCCAAUUUCUUCUGUAAAAAUUUAGUUAUUUGGGUUUGGAGUCCUUGAAUCGCAGAUAGUAGGUACUGUUUGAUAGGAGGUUACCCCAGGUAACUGCCUUGCAAUUCAUUUGAGAUAAUGUAGAGUGAAUGGUCAGAUCCUAGACACACAUGGAGGUCCAGGAGCGACGUGAGGAAGGACCAGAUACAGGUGUAUAGAUGCAUAUUUGUGCAGUUCUGGGUUUUGGGUAAACUGGCACAUAAAUGACUUUAUUUGUAAAAUCUAACAUGUAUGUAACUGCCAUUGGGUUUGCUUUUAUGAACGAUGAUUAAAUCAUUUUAAAUUA